UACCCUUACUCUUUGAAUUUUGUUACACAGCCCUACCGUGCGUUCUGAGCUCUAGCUACAGACGAAUUGGCGUCUUGAACGGCCCUCGUUUCUCUCUUUUACCCUUGUAUAUUUGCUUUUAGGGACGACUUGUACUGAACAUUUAAAAAAAUAUUUCUGUUUCUACGGUGUUAGCUUUUUUUGGAUUCUUGCGUUGACGUGAUUACUUUUUGGAUAGAAUGGACUCUCAGGCUGUUGAGAACGAGAAAAUUUUAAAGAAUGUUGCUGAUGAUAUAAAGAAUGGGAAAUACAAAAACAUUUGUGUGAUGGUCGGUGCAGGCAUCAGCACCGCUGCGGGUAUUCCAGACUUCAGAAGCCCCAAAACUGGUAUAUACCAUAACUUGCAAAAAUUCAAUUUGCCGUAUGCAGAAGCCAUCUUUGACUUGGAGUACUUUCGUGAAAACCCGAAACCAUUCUUCGAGCUGGCAUAUGAACUAAUGCCUGGCCGUUACAUGCCUACACCCACGCAUUACUUUCUACGCCUAAUGAACGAGAAAGGCCUUAUGUUACGAUGUUUCACUCAAAAUAUCGAUACCCUUGAACGUAUCGCGGGUGUGCCCGAAGAUAAAAUUGUCGAGGCGCAUGGAUCGUUUCAGUACAACCGCUGUAUUGAGUGCAAGGAAAUGGCUGACUCUGGCUAUGUCAGACAUUGCAUUGAAACAAAGGAUGUUCCUUUGUGCGAGAAAUGCAAAGGUUAUGUGAAACCAACAAUUGUGUUUUACGGUGAAGGCUUGCCUAGUCGCUUCUUUGACUGCAUGUAUGAGGACAUGGAGAAAUGUGAUUUGGCUUUGGUUAUCGGAACAAGUUUACUGGUCCAUCCCUUCGCUGAUCUUCCUGAAAUUGCAACCGAAAACUGCCAACGACUUCUCAUCAACCGUGAAGUUGUUGGCGAUUUUAGUGAGCGUGAAUCCGACCUUAUGGUCCUGGGCGAUUGCGACGCGUUGGUGCGUCAGCUGUGUAAGUACCUUGAUUGGGAAAAGGACCUUGACGAGUUGGUGAAAGCCAACAACGAAGUUGAUCUUCUUGCUGACGUUAUGUCCAACGUGACUUUGGAACCGAAGUUGAAGGGAACAAAUGUUGAAGAGGACACAGAGGAUGAAAAGGAAGGUGUUACGGGAGCACUUCCGGGAACUAUCUCUAUCUCUGAUGGAGCUACUGAAAACGAUGGGGCAGAGGAAAUUGUUUCAACGGGACAAAAACCAAACACACAGAACUCGGAACCCGAAGCCAGAGAAUCUUCUACGACUACCGUUAUUAAACCUGCAGCUGCUAAGGAGCCCGACAAGUCUAAGGUUGAGAGAAGACAAAAAUAGUUAUUACUAGCUGUAGUGAAUAGUAAUAGAUCAAUAGCUGAAAGCACUCCGUCAAAAGCAAAAGGAAGUCGAGAAUCACACUCCUCGACCUAAAGCAAC